GGGAAGCAAAUAGUACAGUGAGCUAGAGGAGCAGCACGCCGGGGGAGAGAGAAGAAGAGCGAGAAAAAUGAACACGGAUAUCACCGCAUCGACGAAGCCAGAGUAUCCAGUGAUAGAUCGGAACCCUCCUUUUACCAAAGUUGUCGGUAAUUUCAACACUCUCGACUAUCUUCGCUUCGUCACCCUUACCGGCGUUUCCGUCACCGUUGGCUACCUUUCUGGGAUCAAACCUGGAAUCAAGGGUCCAUCUAUGGUGACUGGGGGUCUGAUCGGGUUCAUGGGCGGGUUCAUGUAUGCAUACCAAAACUCCGCUGGUCGGCUUAUGGGUUUCUUUCCCAAUGAUGGUGAAGUAGCACGUUACAAGAAAUGAGAAAUUCCUCGAUUUAGUACUUAUGUUUUCCCCUUUUCUAGUGGAUGUAAUAUCCGGAACUUGAUGUCAACGUUAUGGUGAUCGAGAAUGAUGAAAUUGUCAUUCCUGUAUUUCAUCCUGUUCAUGUUUUCAGUUUGUUCUAAGGUCAGAGCAAAAACCUGUUUGACAUCACAUUAUGAUACGACUCUGCCUUGGGGUGCCCCUGAGUUAUGCUACUCACGUCACAGAAAAUUGUUGUGAAGGUUAACGGUAGUUUGAAUUUACUAUGUUGAACUUGUGAAGUAGGCCUUUUUUUUUUUGGGAAUAAAAAGGCUGUGUAAAACACUCAGAGAGUAGCAAGGUACUAAUAGUUUAGGACUGGAAUCUUCGAUGAGAAUGUACUCUGCAGAGGAAAUUGCCAUGAUAAUAACAUCAACAUCCAUUUAUAAUAUAAAA